AUGGAGUGUGUCAAAACAAAUUCAAAAUAUUCUUCCAUCUUCAUAACCAUUUUUGUUCUCUUGUUAUCUUCUGCUUAUUCUUUAGCACAUGCAAAAAUUCACAACCAUGAGUUUCUUGUUGAAGCAACACCAGUGAAGAGGCUGUGCAAAACUCAUAACUCCAUAACUGUGAAUGGGCAAUACCCAGGUCCAACUUUGGAGAUUAAUAAUGGUGACACUUUGGUCGUUAAAGUCACUAACAAAGCUCGUUAUAAUGUGACCAUUCAUUGGCAUGGUGUUCGACAAAUGAGGACAGGAUGGGCAGAUGGUCCGGAAUUCGUGACACAAUGUCCUAUUCGUCCCGGUGGAAGUUACACCUACCGCUUCACUGUUGAUGGACAAGAAGGGACACUUUGGUGGCAUGCUCAUAGUUCAUGGCUUAGAGCCACCGUUUAUGGUGCUUUAAUCGUCCGUCCUAGGGAAGGAGAAACCUUCCCUUUUCCUAAGCCACACCGUGAAACAACCAUUCUCUUAGGGGAAUGGUGGGAUACAAAUCCUAUAGAUGUUUUGAGGGAGUCCAAAAGAACUGGAGCAGCUCCAAAUAUUUCUGAUGCAUAUACUAUCAAUGGUCAACCUGGUGAUCUUUACAAGUGCUCUACCAAAGGCACAACAACUGUUCCCAUACAUUCGGGCGAAACAAACCUUCUGAGAGUGAUCAAUGCCGCGCUCAACCAACCACUUUUCUUCACAAUCGCCAACCACAAAUUUACUGUGGUUGGCGCUGACGCCUCUUAUCUUAAACCUUUCACGACCCGUGUCCUUAUGUUAGGACCGGGCCAAACCACCGACGUCUUAUUAACCGCCAACCAACCACCUUCUCGAUACUACAUUGCAGCACGCGCUUAUCAAUCGGCUCAAAAUGCACCGUUCGAUAACACAACCACCACAGCCAUACUCCAAUAUGACAACUCAAUAAAAAACAAACCAAUCAUGCCACCACUCCCCGCUUACAACGACACCAACACGGUUACUAAAUUCAGUAGAAGCUUUUUCAGUCCAAGAAAAGUUGAAGUCCCUGCUGAAAUCGACGAAAAUCUCCUUUUCACAAUUGGUUUAGGACUCAACAAUUGCCCGAAAAAUUUCAGGGAUAGAAGAUGUCAAGGUCCUAUUAAACGGACACGCUUCACAGCGAGCAUGAACAACGUUUCUUUUACUCUCCCAAACAAUAUUUCAAUAUUGCAGGCUCAUUAUAACAGAAUCCCUGGAGUUUUCACCACUGAUUUUCCCGCGAAACCGCCUGUGAAAUUCGAUUACACCGGUAACGUGAGUCGUUCGCUUUGGCAACCUACUCCGGGGACUAAAGCUUAUAAGUUGAAGUUUGGAUCAAGGGUUCAGAUUGUGUUGCAGGAUACAAGUAUUGUCACUCCAGAGAAUCAUCCAAUUCAUCUUCAUGGAUAUGAUUUCUAUAUUGUUGCUGAAGGUUUUGGAAAUUUUGAUCCCAAGAAAGAUACUGCAAAAUUCAACCUUAUUGAUCCACCUCAGAGGAAUACAGUGGCUGUACCGGCCAACGGUUGGGCCGUUAUCCGGUUUGUGGCAGAUAACCCAGGUGCUUGGAUUAUGCAUUGUCACUUGGAUGUUCACAUAGGUUGGGGUUUGGCAACUAUUCUAUUGGUAGAAGAUGGAGUUGGGAAAUUGCAAUCUAUAGAACCACCUCCAUUGGACCUACCUCUCUGUUAG